AACAAGUAAACUUUUAAUGUCAGAGUUGAGACUGUGGUACUGGAAAAGCACAGCAGGUCAGGUGGAGGGGAGAAUGAAACAGCCACCACUGACAAAGGAAGUCAAGAAAUGUACCAAAGGAAAAGAGAGAGCCUAUAAAGUGGCCAAGAGCACUGGGAAAUCAGAAGAUUAGGAAGACUACAAAAACAAACAGGAUAACAAAGAAAGAGAUCUGGAAGGACAGGAUCAAAUAUGAAGAUGGCUGGGCUACCACAGAAUCCUAUUAUACAGUUAACUGGUUUCAAACAUUUUGAGAAAAGGGCCCUUGUUGAAUUGCUUAGUCAACUUGACUGCAUUUACUUUUGUGAGCAGGAAUAUAAGCAGCAGUGCACUCAUAUGAUAGCAAGUAAGCCAAGUCGCAGUGAAAAAUUUUUAGCAGCUUGUGCUGCAGGAAAGUGGGUCUUGACUCAAGAUUACAUCAUUGACAGUGCUAAAGAUGGCAGGUGGCUUAAUGAAAUCCAGUAUGAGUGGGGAUAUAAAACUCAAAGUAUUUCACAGUAUCCCGUGCCAAUGGAAUCUGCGCCAAAAAUGUGGCGUGAAGAGCUGGCCCGUUCGAGUAGACCAGGAGUGUUUCACAACUGGAAAGUAGUCCUUCUGAUCAACGAUGAAUCGAGGAGAAAUAUUUUCAAAAGGCCACCAGCUACCCUCGCUACUGAAUCACAUUUAGAUUAUACCUUGUUCAGAAAACUUGGUGCUGUCAGAUAGUUCUGCUAGCUCUUAACUUUCUUGAAGAUACAGUACACCCACAUCUUCAUAGCACCUCUUUAUUUUUCUCCCCUCCCCCCCCAAGAAAAAAAGAACCCUCCUAAUGAGAAGAUUGUUUUUUUUGUCUAUUGUUUUUUAAACCCGUUUCCCUCAUAUACAGAUAACUUUAAUCUAACUUCACCUUAACAACUUCUCAUAUACCUGUUUAUAUAUUUAACAUUAAAGUAAAUACAAAUCUCAUCUAAAUGUUAUCCGUUAAAUCUACGAUAAUACAUCUGUGAUUGCAUUCAUCAACAAUACUCAAAAAUCAAUUGAACUGACAAUAAUCAAGCUUUAUUGUACGUACUGCAGCAAUUUGGCUGUGACUUGGAAAGGGGAAGGAUCCAGUUUGUUCCCUGUUUCCCUUCCAAGUUUUGUGCCUUUUAGAAGAAAAGUAACACCUUUUAUAUACAUUUAAAAUGUGCUGAGCAAUUACAGAUUAUCAUGAAAUGUGCAUCAUCUGUAACACUGAGCCUUGGCCGAAAAAGAAAAUUAAUCAUUUGUGUCAUUCCAUAACUCUGAUUCUAUUAUAUGGACCUUUUGUUUAAUCUGAGAUCUGCAGUUCAAAAUAUACAAGGAGCCUUGAAAAAGAUGACUGAAGUUUUAUACACGUAUGGAAUUUGUUUACAUUCAGUCUGGUCCUGAAAGCUGUUUCUGACCUUUUUUUUUUGUCUUUUAACUUAUUGAAUUAUAACUCGAGAAUUGACCAAUUUUAUUUCCCAUCGUGCUAUGUUAAU